AUCACACCAUCUCGCCCUUGAACCUUUUUCUUUCUGUACCUCGUCACAUCAUACGCCGACCAAUCGCUCCGAACGGCCACAAGAAGCAGACCUGAGAAACCCAACUAAACGAACGAUACCCCAGAAACCUUUGGGCGUCCCAAGAAAGGACAUUCACUGCUCAACGCGUCCUCGACGCGUCUUGCGCCGAAAGCUCUUCAUCUAGCACCCCCCGAGCCACAUACCACACACACUACACGCCACACGCACACCCACCAUGAACCGGUCCAUAGAACAGACACUUUUGUCGCUGAUGCCCACCCACAGCUCAGCUUUACCGCCGCCCCUGGUAGAGCUUGCCGGUUCCUUGCUGGCACAAUCGAGGCACAGAGCGAGCACGCUCAAGGCAGACGAAGAAGUCGGGCGGUUGUACGCCUGCGCACACAUCGCCUGCGACAGACUCAAAAUCACAUUGGACCUCCCCCCAAUCGAGCCGCGGCCUCCAAUCCCUCCCCGAAUCUACAAGCGUCUCUACAGUCACCUCGACAACAUCCUCCCCAACUCCGCCCUGAACCGCACGCCAGGAAAGAACGGCACACCGCGACACAGACAACGGCACGGAGUCGAUUCUCCCGUCAGGACGCCACACCGGCCGACGCCCACAAAGGAACGUUCCCUCGCGCAAUUUCGCUCAGGCGCAAGCGGGCCCAACACGCCGACAAAGUCGACUGGCAAGGCCACCUACCCUUCGGACAAGUCCGGCCUCCACUUUUGGAUUCUGCCGACCAUCCGCUUCCUCUGUAAGCAGACAGGGCAGCGGCAGCUCGGGCCGACGAUUCUGGCGGGCAUGGAGUAUAUCGUCGUCCCCGGCGGGCGAAGGACGCGCGACGCGUGGGUGAGAGCGAACCUCGCCGCGCUGUGCGGUGCUGUGUAUUAUCUCGUCACGAAGCAGGUCAAGAGUCUCAAGCUGGGGGAGGGUGUCGAAAACGAAUCGUACGUGCCCGAGCGGAAGCGUAUUCUCGAACUCCUUGCGAAGGCGAGGGAGGAGGUGGACUCGAGAGGGCUGGACGAGGACGAAGCGUGGGAAGGGUGGGCGCCCGUCAAGGCCGCGGAGUUCGACGCCGCUCUAGAGCAAGUUGCGGAUCGCGGGUGGCUUGAGGCCGAUUGGUAUCGCAGCCUCGGCGAUAUCAUCGAGGCGGGCAACGUGAUCGCCGACAGUCAUCGGCAGGAGGACUCGUACAGGGCGCCUGUGCGCGGAGCGGACACCAUGUUCCAGGACCGGUACGACUUUUUGAGUGAGAAGAAGCGCAGGGAGUACAGCACAUGGAAGGAGGAUAUUCUUAGGCGCAUCAAUGCGAUGGAGAAGGAGGGCGCGGAGGCCAUGGAUGUCGACGAUUGAGGAAGGGGUGCUGCGUUGACGCCUCCGUUGACGCGCGGAGGGUGUUCCGCCUCGGGUAUUGUUACCCGGCGGUGCUUAUCGGAAAGGGGCCGGCCGUGAUCGAGCUGCACCCGCUCCGCUCCGCUCCCCGACGACUACCGAAACAAGAUUCAAGUCACGCCGUCACUUAUCCGAAUCACCGGUUUUCCGAGGGCGUGCCCCCCCCCCCCCCUCCCCGUGGCAUCGACAUCUAUU